AUGUAUAACCCAAGCGGCACAUGCACCGACAUGGGCGACUACCAUGAUCUCUACCUGAAGACCGAUGUGCACCUUCUUGCAGAUGUGUUUGAGAAAUUUAGAUGCACUGCAAUGGCCACGUACGAUUUGGACCCGACACACUACUACACCCUGCCUGGAUUCGCGUGGGACGCCCUUCUGAAACAUACAGGAAUCUCGCUCACUCUGCUGGACGACGUGGACAUGCAUCUGUUCGUCGAGCGCGGUCUUCGUGGCGGUGUUACAAUGGCGUCACACCGCCACGCCAGGGCGAACAACAAGUACAUGAGCUCACACGACCCUGAGCAGGCGUCAACAUAUCUUCAAUACCUCGACGCGAACAACCUGUACGGCUGGGCCAUGUCGCAGCACUUGCCGACAUCAAAAUUCCAGUGGUGUGCCGCCAGUGACGAACUCCUGCAGAAGAUCCUCACCCAGCCAGAUGACGCAGACACUGGGUACAUGGUGGAGUGUGAUCUGUCAGUGCCCACAGAGUUCCACGAUCGCCUGAACGACUACCCACCCGCACCGGAGCGUGUAACCAUCACCGAGAGUAUGAUGUCGCCAUACCAGCGCGACUUGAUUGCAGCAGAUCCUGUCUCCGGACUGAGUGCUCCGAAACUGGUCCCGAACCUCAUGCCGAAGCAGCGCUACGUAGCACACUACCGUAACCUCACGCUGUACAGUCGUCUAGGUCUGAGGAUCGAUGCUGUACACCGCGUGCUCAGUUUCCGCCAAGCUCCGUGGAUGAAGCCCUACAUCCAGCUGAACACGGAGCUUCGGAAGAAGGCGAAGAACGAUUUCGAGAAGGACUUCUUCAAAUUAAUGAAUAACGCUGUGUUUGGGAAGACAAUGGAGAAUGUGAGAAGAAGGAUCUCCAUUAGACUGCUGCGUGUGGAAGACGAGGAAGAUACCAUUCUCACAGCUGUGGCUAAGUCCACCUACGUCCGCCAUGCCCUCUUCGACAACGGGCUUGUGGGCGUCGAGAACAGGAAGCUUGCGGUCCACCUCAACAAGCCGGUGUACGUUGGCAUGAGCAUCCUGGAGCUGAGCAAGGAGCUCAUGUACAGAUUUUACUAUGACGAGCUCCAGCCACGCUACGGAGACCGCAUGAGCCUGCUGUACACAGACACGGACUCGCUGGUGCUGCUGUUCCGCACGGAGGACCUCUAUGCGGACAUGAAGAGUAUGGCCGAUCAGUACGACACCAGCAACUUUAGCCCCGACAGUCCUCUGUACAGCGAGAGUAAUAAGAAGGUUGUACAUGUAGGUAAAUUUAAGGACGAGCUCGGAGAGAAGCUCAUGACAGAGUUCGUGGCGCUCAGAUCCAAAAUGUACGCGUACGAUGGCGAGGAGAGUGGUCAGCGUGCAAAGGGCGUCAAGAGAGCGGUGACGAGAAGAUUCACGAUCGCGGACUACCGUCAGUGUCUGGUCGACAGGACGAGGAUGUCACACGCAAUGACCACCCUGCGCAGCCAUUCGCAUCGUAUCUUCACCGAGACGAUGACCAAGUCGUCUUUGUCGCCGUUCGACAGCAAACGAUACAUCCGAACGGACGGUGUCAGCACACUUGCACAUGGGCACCACCGCAUCGCACUGCUGGAUGACUGA